UCAUUUCAACACGAGACAGGAAUCCCCAAUUCCCCACUUCCAAUGGCUUCCCUCUUCUUCCUUCCCCUUCUUCCCAGAGCCGGCGUGCUCUUCCUCGUCCUCGCUCUCGCCGCCCGCCAUGGCGACGCUCAGGCCCAGCCCCAGCCUGACCAGAUGAUCUCCUUCUCCGCCAACGACACGCGGCCCUGGGUCGCCACGCAGAGCAGCCGCGUCCUCGUGUCCCCGAAUCUGACCAUGGCCGCCGGCUUCGUCCCGUCGGAGGAGGUACCCUCGACGGGCAAGUUCCGCUUCGCCGUGUGGGUGGUGGCCAACGACACCGGCGGCAAGACCGGCAAGACCAUCAUAUGGCACGCCCACAACGGGAACAAGGUCGCCCUCGAAGCCGACGGCAACUCCACCCUCGUCGUCAACGCCGCCGGCGCGCUCACCUGGGCAGCCAAUGACUCCACCACCGUCUGGUCCACGCCGCGCACCAACGCUACGGCCCCUCGGCUGACGCUCAACGAGACGGGGAGCCUCCGGUUCGGCGACUGGGCUAGCUUCGCCGAGCCCACGGACACGCUGAUGCCGGGGCAGGCCAUCCCCAAGGUCCAGAACAACUCUGGCACCAUCACGCUGCAGUCUGCCGACGGACGCUACAGGUUCGUCGACUCCAUGGCGCUCAAGUACGUCAACUCCGCCGACCCGGCCUCGAUCCCCACCUACGCCAACAUGACCGGCCCCAGCACGCUCCUCAACCUCACCACCGACGGCACGAUGCAGCUCAGCGCCGGCAACCCGCCGCAGCUCAUCGCCUCCGACAUGGGCGCUAAAAACCGGCUGCGGCGGCUCCGCCUCGACGACAACGGCAACCUUCGGCUGUACAGCCUGCUCCCAGGAACCCGGCAGUGGCGCAUCGUGUGGGAGCUGGUGCAGGAGCUCUGCACCAUCCAGGGCACCUGCCCCGGCAACAACACCAUCUGCGUCCCCGCCGGCGCCGACGGCGUCUCCUGCGUCUGCCCGCCAGGGUUCCGCCCGGCUCCCACCGGCUGCGAGCACAAGAAGCGCUACAGCGGCCGAGGCGACGACGACAAGUUCGUCCGGCUGGAUUUCGUGUCCUUCUCCGGCGGCGCGCCCACCAAGGCCUCGGAUCCCGGAAGAUUCAUGAACAACUCCAAAUCGCCCAGCAACCUCAUCGCCUGCGAGAAAUUUUGCAGGGAGGACCGAAAUUGCCCGGCGUUCGGGUACAAGUUCGGCGGCGACCGGACGUGCCUCCUCUACAAGACCCAGCUCGUGGACGGCUACUGGUCGCCGGCCACGGAGAUGUCCACCUUCGUGCGUGUGGUGAAGACCGACACCGACAAGAACAACUUCACGGGGAUGGUGACCAAGAUCGAGACGGUGUGCCCCGUGCAGCUGGCGCUGCCCGUGCCGCCCAAGCCGAAGCGCACCACCAUCCGCAACAUCGCCAUCAUCACCGCGCUCUUUGCCGUGGAGCUCCUGGCCGGGGUGCUCUCCUUCUGGGCGUUCCUGCGCAAGUACUCCCAGUACAGGGAGAUGGCGCGCACGCUGGGGCUCGAGUACCUCCCCGCCGGCGGGCCCCGGCGGUUCUCGUACGCGGAGCUCAAGGCGGCCACCAAGGACUUCACGGACGUCGUGGGCCGCGGCGCCUACGGCACCGUGUUCCGCGGCGAGCUCCCCGACCGGCGCGCGGUGGCCGUGAAGCAGCUGCACGGCGUGGGCGGCGGCGAGGCGGAGUUCUGGGCGGAGGUGACCAUCAUCGCCAGGAUGCACCACCUGAACCUGGUCCGGAUGUGGGGGUUCUGCGCCGACAAGGACCAGCGGAUGCUGGUGUACGAGUACGUGCCCAACGGCUCCCUCGACAAGUACCUCUUCUCUUCGUCUUCCUCGGCGCCGGCCACCGGAUCCGGAUCCGGCGACGAGAGCGAGCAGCUGCAGAGCGGCCAGCAGGUCGCGCUGGAUCUGCACACCCGGUACCGCAUCGCGCUGGGCGUGGCACGCGCCAUCGCGUACCUCCACGAGGAGUGCCUGGAGUGGGUGCUCCACUGCGACAUCAAGCCGGAGAACAUCCUGCUGGAGGACGACUUCUGCCCCAAGGUGUCCGACUUCGGGCUGUCCAAGCUCACCAGCAAGAAGGAGAAGGUGACCAUGUCCAGGAUCAGGGGCACCCGCGGGUACAUGGCGCCCGAGUGGGUCAUCCACCGCGAGCCCAUCACGGCCAAGGCCGACGUGUACAGCUUCGGCAUGGUGCUGCUGGAGAUCGUGUCCGGGCGGCGCAACUACGGGUUCCGGCAGGAGUCGGUGGGGAGCGAGGACUGGUACUUCCCGAAAUGGGCAUACGAGAAGGUGUACGUGGAGCGGCGGAUCGAGGACAUCAUGGACCCCAGGAUACUGCUCCGUGUGGACGACGACGCCGAGAGCGUGGCCACCGUGGAGCGGAUGGUGAAGACGGCCAUGUGGUGCCUGCAGGACCGGGCCGAGAUGAGGCCCUCCAUGGGCAAGGUCGCCAAGAUGCUCGAGGGAACCGUGGAGAUCACCGAGCCUGUCAAGCCGACCAUCUUCUGCGUCCAAGACGACUAGUCAGUCCACAGGCUCAAUUCAAGCGAAGCCGCCAGUACAGUAGAGUUGCAUAAAUAUCCCUCUCUUUUUCUUUUGUUUUGCUGGAAGAUAAAAUAUGCCCCACUUGUCCAAGGAGACUAGUCAACUCGAUUGACUGCACAACGACUUUCAAACAAAGACGUGUAAGUACAUUUUUCUUAGAUUCAACAUUAUUUCAAUCCAGUUGACUGACUCCUUCAGCUUAAUUAAGUCACGAAGAGCCAAGAUUAACUUUCCAA